UGAGGCUGUACAGCUGGCAAUUUACGGACAAUAACGCCGAAAGGAGUAAUUGGCUGCUGGGUGGACCGUUACUCCGCAAAUUGGACCCGCGUUUGAUGGAGGAGAUGAUUUAGCGUCAGAACUGGAAUAUUUAUUAACCUUUUUUCCCUUUGUGGGGUUAAUUUAUGAAGUUUGGGAUCAUCCAAAAUCAAGAUCCAGCUCCACUCCCUUCUUCAGUGGAACCGUUACAACCUCUUCACUGGCAUUAUAAGGUGAUCUAAUGGAGAAGUCCAGACGCCCGCAGCAGUUAGCUUUCAUCCUUCUGUUUGGGUUGUGGUUGCCCUGCUGUUUAACCCAGACCACACCGUCAAACUCAGCCACGCCGACACCGUCCCCAUCGCCGUCCCCUCAGCCCCAGACCGAGAAGCUGAAGGUCAGGCUGGCCGGAUACCCUCGAAAGCACAACGAGGGCCGGAUCGAGCUGUUCUACAAGGGCGAGUGGGGAACCAUCUGCGACGACGACUUCUCACUAGCCAACGCCAACGUGCUCUGCCGCCAGCUGGGCUUCGUCUCAGCCACAGGAUGGACCCACAGCGCUAAAUAUGGAAAAGGCCAAGGUAAAAUAUGGCUCGACAACGUUCAGUGCGGUGGAGGUGAGAAGAGCAUUGAACUGUGCAAGUCUCGCGGCUGGGGCAACAGCGACUGCACCCACGACGAAGAUGCCGGAGUCGUGUGCAAAGACGAGAGGAUUCCCGGCUUCGUGGACUCAAACGUCAUUGAUGCCCAUGUCGAUGAGAACAAAAUAGAGGAAGUGCGACUCCGGCCAGUGGUUGCCAUGGCCAAGAAGAAGAUGCCCAUCACUGAAGGUGUGGUGGAGGUGAAGUACAAAGACGGCUGGGCUCAGAUCUGCGACAUCGGAUGGACGAUCAAAAACACCCGCGUGGUCUGCGGCAUGCUGGGAUUCCCACAUGAGAGGAAGGUCAACAAGAACUUCUACAAACGUCUGAAAAAGCGAGCAGCCGAGAAGGUCCCCAGGCCAAAGGUUAAUGUUUCAGCCGGUGGAAGGCAGACAUCCAAAGCUAAAGCUAACUCUAAGUCUAAACAGAGCAGCCCUGGCAAAAGGUUGUAUUUGGAGCGUCAGAAGAACUACUUCCACAUUCACUCUGUGGCCUGUUUGGGCACCGAGGUCCAUCUGGCCGCCUGCCCUCUGGAGUUCAGCAAACCCAACGCCACGUCGGCCUGCACGGGCGGCAUGCCGGCCGUCGUCAGCUGCAUGCCGGGGCCGCUGUUCAUGCAGAACAGCGGGUUGAAAAAGAAACUUAAAAUUUCGAGCAAUGUGAGGUUGAAGGGAGGUUCCAGGGUGGGAGAGGGAAGAGUCGAGGUCCUGAAGGACAACGAAUGGGGGACGGUGUGCGACGACCGCUGGAACCUGCAGUCGGCCAGCGUCGUCUGCAGGGAGCUCGGCUUCGGCAGCGCCAAGGAGGCUCUGACCGGCGGACGCCUGGGACAAGGAAUGGGUCCAAUAUACAUGAACGAGGUGAAGUGUGUCGGUCAGGAGAGGUCCAUCUGGAACUGCCCCUUUAAAAAUAUCACGAUGGAGGACUGUCAGCACAUGGAGGAUGCUGCCGUUCGAUGCAACAUUCCUUACAUGGGCCUCGAGAACACGAUCCGCAUCACCGGAGGACGAACCCGCUACGAGGGCCGAGUGGAGGUGCUGAGUUUAGACUCUAACGGGACUCAGAGCUGGGGUCUGAUCUGUGGAGAGAGCUGGACCACUAAGGAGGCCAUGGUGGCCUGCAGGCAGCUGGGUUUGGGCUACGCUAACCAGGGCCUGCAAGAAACCUGGUACUGGGACAGCAGCAACGUGACGGAGAUGGUGAUGAGCGGCGUGAAGUGCACAGGAAGUGAAAUGUCUCUGAGUCAGUGCCAACAUCACAAAACCGUCAGCUGCCAGAAAGCGGCAGCAAAAUUUGCAGCCGGAGUCAUCUGCUCGGAGACUGCCUCUGAUCUGGUCCUGAACGCUUCUCUGGUCCAGCAGACGGUUUACAUCGAGGACAGACCUCUUCACAUGCUUUACUGCGCUGCCGAGGAGGACUGUCUGUCCAAAUCUGCUGCCAAGGCCAACUGGCCUUACGGACACCGACGUCUGCUCCGGUUCUCCUCCCAGAUCCACAACAUCGGCCGGGCCGACUUCAAACCGAAGGCCGGACGGCACUCGUGGGUCUGGCACGCCUGUCACGGCCACUACCACAGCAUGGAUAUUUUCACUCACUAUGAUUUACUGAACGCCAACGGGACCAAAGUGGCCGAAGGACACAAAGCCAGUUUCUGCCUCGAGGACACAGAUUGUCAAGAGGGUGUUUCUAAACGGUACGAGUGUGCCAACUUUGGCGAUCAGGGCAUCACUGUGGGCUGCUGGGAUUUGUACCGCCACGACAUCGACUGUCAGUGGAUCGACAUCACAGACGUCAAACCUGGAAACUACAUUUUGCAGGUUGUGAUUAAUCCAAAUUACGAAGUGGCCGAGAGUGACUUCACCAACAACGCCAUGAAGUGCAACUGCAAGUAUGACGGACAUAGGAUCUGGCUGCAUAACUGCCAUAUCGGCGAUGCGUUCAGCGAGGAGGCAGAGAGGAGAUUUGAGAAAUACCCCGGACAGCUGAACAACAGAAUUUCUUAAUGACUUCUCAACACUAUGGCGACCAAAGUGGGGAGCUGAGUGAAUAAAAAUACACCUCACAAGCUUUAAAAGGACACAAACCUUUUGUUUUCAGGUGCUGAAACGGAUCCCCACCACAGAUUUGUAGUCGUUGAAGAAGCUAGCAGUCUUUUCCUCCGGUGAAUGUGUUGUAUGUCUGACUUAUUAUACUUGAAUAUUCAAGUGCUGAUGUUGUUUUUUCCUCUAGUCUCAUGUGAGUUUAUGCUAUGUUUUUAUUACAAAUUUAGAUUUUUAAAAACUUCAGUCUGUGUAUGACAAGUGUACAGCCUUCCAUUGAAUGUGUUUGUUGUUUUAUUUUCCAUUUUUUGAUUAUUUUUGUAUAACCGGUUGUAUUUUACUUGGAUGGCACAGGUUCAGAACUACCUGAAGAAGUGGAAAAAAUCGAUCUGAGGGAUAAACAGGAACAGAAUGCAGCUCUGUGACACCUUUAAUGCAAGCUCAUACCAGGUAUUAUUGACCAAAAACCUGCAAAUGUGCCUCACAUUACAUCUUUUAUCUGAAUUAUUCACUUGGAUUAGCAUGUUCACUGCAAGUCUAAAUGCAGAUGAGCGUUUUGUGAGGAUCAUAACACACCUGCCUCCACAGUUACAGUGUUUUGUGAAUGUAUAUAUUGCCAAUAUCAAGGUGCUAAAGAAAAAAAUGCUUGUUUAUCAGCAGUAUUGUAAAUUCAAAGUGCUUCAAAACCAGUAUGAAGCCAUGUGUAGCUUUAGUCUGUGUGUUUUUUUAAAUAGCAUUUUAGGGUCAAGACGUACAAAUACAAAAAAAACUAGUUACCAUAAAGAUUUGCUGUAUGUAAGCUGAUGUAAUCACACUCACUGCACCAAAUAAAACAGAGAGGAGUUAA